GGCGAAGAUUGCUUGAAGGAUGGUGUGGUCGACAAUGGAUGCAAAUCGUCUCAUUAGCAUGGUGUGGAUUCUGGUUUGUAUGCUGUUCUUGAGCCAGUUGUCCCGAAGUGCUACUAUUACUCGCCGCAGCACCACAGCUGGCAUCUACGGUCGUGUGGUCCCGAUACCAGCCGGUACGAAGGCUCACUACAACAUCCAGAACUUUGCCGGACCGGGGACUUAUAAGUUCGGUUACGAUACUGGUUCCGGCCCCAACCAGUCUUUCCGGCAGGAAGAAAGAGGCCCCGACGGGAUGGUAAAGGGGCGCUACGGGUAUGUGGAACCCUCCGGUGCUCUGAGAGUCGUGGAAUACACAGCCGAUUCGGCCGGAUUCCACAUCGUCAAGACCAGAACAAUGGUGCCGGACAUGAAGCCAAAGCCAGCCGUUAAAGUAAGGACUCCGUUCGUCGGUCCUCUUCCGCCGUUCAUACCGACAAGUUAUGUCGUGAACUUAGCUGGAUGAUGGAAAUACAGAAACUUAAUAUGCAGAAUUUUUCUGCAAUUUACUUCAUCAAGGUAGCUGGAAAACCAGCCGUCAAAGUUAGGAUUCCGUUUGUCGGUCCUCUUCCGCCAUUCAUACCGAUAAGUUAUGUCGUCAACUCAGCUGGAUGACGGAAAUAGAGAAGCGGUUAUGGUGACGUUUCCUAACUUCACCAAUUUUGUGGGGUGAUUUUCCUUUGAGGCAUAAGAGCAUGCUAUAUUGACUUUUCAUAAUGUGAUUUCAUACACUCCAGUUGCGUUAUGAUUUGAUGAAGGCUUAUGUGUUAUGUUAUACAAAGUAAAAACUUAUUUGCUUGAAUGAUGUGCUAGUCGAGUGUUAGAACCUACUGAGCUGACAUUUCAUACGCAUUUGUACCAUCAAUCUAUCGGCUAUACGAUGAGCUGUUGAUUGAUACAUCAAAAGUUAUCGCAGUGAUUUUUCAGUUUCCUCAUUCAAUGAAGUGUUAGCUAAGCUGAAAAAUUUUUCUGUGGGAAUUUUUUCCUCACAUCUACAUUGACAUUAAUUUACGAAAGCAAUAACUUGUUUGUCGCACUUCACAAUGUAAAAUUGGAAUCAUUGUUGAGUUGAAAUGAAACACAGAGGUUAGUGCCUGUGAACCCGUGAUAAAGAAAACUAAGACUACUGCCGGCGACUAGAAAUGACUGUUAAUUGUUAAACUAUCAAUAAAAUCAAAACAUCCUUGCCAACUGUAAAUGGUAGCAACUUCUUAAUCUAAAUUUCAGCAUUUUUUUUAUUUAUUAUUUUUUUUUGAUUAAUAUACUGCCAGGCGGGGGGAGUUGCUAAAAAUAACAGAUGUGCUAAUUUUAUGUACAUAAUGUGUAGCAUAAAAAU